AAACAGCUGUGUGCUCUGCACUCUGGACAGUCUGGCAUCAUCGCUCCUCGAAACGUGUAAAAGUUCCCAGUUUCUUUGCAUGAUUAAAACGCGAAAAGGAUUCUCUGGAACAGUUUUUCAAUUGCUAAGACGACGACAUGUCCGCCACCCACAAACAGCGCUACAAAAAUGCCGCUUUGGAUUCUACCGAGAUGCGGCGUCGACGCGAGGAGGUUGGCAUCCAGUUACGAAAAACCAAACGUGAACAGCAGCUCUUCAAGCGGCGAAACGUGGUUCUGGAGCCGGCCACAUCCUCGACUUCAGCCGGAAUGGAGAACAGCACCAACAACGAGCUGCAGACUGCUGACAUGCUUAUGGCGGACAGUAGCACAGGACCAACGCAUUUUUCGGGUGGCCAAAGCGAUUCAGCUGCUGGAUCCGGAGCACAGCAAUCUGUAAUCAACGAUGAGAUGAUUCAAAUGCUAUACAGUGGUAGGGAGAGUGAUCAGCUGGACGCCACACAAAAGUUCCGCAAACUUCUGUCCCGUGAUCCUAAUCCACCCAUUGAGGAGGUUAUUCAAAAGGGGAUAGUGCCGCAGUUUGUGACCUUUCUGCGGAACAGCUCGAAUGCCACACUGCAAUUCGAGGCUGCCUGGACGCUGACAAAUAUUGCCUCGGGCACCUCGCAUCAGACUAAGAUCGUUAUCGAAGCUGGGGCAGUGCCCAUAUUCAUUGAUCUGCUCUCCAGUCCCCACAUCGAUGUCCAGGAGCAGGCUGUUUGGGCUCUGGGCAACAUAGCUGGUGACUCGCCCAUGUGCCGUGACCAUCUGCUCGGCUCGGGUAUUCUAGUGCCUCUCCUGCACGUGUUGAGCAACUCGGAGCGCAUUACCAUGAUACGAAAUGCGGUGUGGACACUUUCUAAUUUGUGCCGCGGCAAGAAUCCUCCCGCGGAUUUUGCCAAAAUUGUCCACGGACUGCCCAUACUGGCAAAAUUAUUGGACUACACUGACGAGGACGUGCUCAGCGAUACUUGCUGGGCCAUUAGCUACCUGUCGGAUGGACCCAACGAUAAAAUCCAGGCUGUUAUCGAUGCUGGCGUUUGCCGUCGCCUCGUAGAACUGCUAUUACAUCCUCAGCAAAACGUAAGCACAGCCGCUUUGAGGGCUGUGGGCAACAUUGUGACCGGUGACGAUCAGCAGACCCAGGUGAUUUUGGGCUUUAACGCCCUGCCCUGCAUUAGCCAUCUGCUGCGAUCGACGGCGGAAACCAUCAAGAAAGAGUCCUGCUGGACAAUCUCAAAUAUUGCAGCCGGCAAUCGGGAGCAGAUCCAGGCCAUAAUCAAUGCGAACAUAUUCCCGCAGCUGAUGAUUAUCAUGCAGACGGCAGAAUUCAAGACGCGUAAAGAGGCAGCUUGGGCCAUAACCAACGCAACUAGCAGUGGAACCUCGGAGCAAAUCAACUACUUGGUCCGGGUGGGCUGUGUGCCGCCCAUGUGCGAUUUCCUUACCGUCGUCGACUCUGACAUCGUUCAGGUGGCCCUUAAUGCACUGGAAAACAUAUUGAAGGCGGGUGAAAAGUUCCAAACGCGACCCAAUCCCUAUGCUAUUACUAUUGAGGAAUGUGGAGGACUGGAUAAGAUCGAAUAUCUGCAGGCGCAUGAAAACCGUGACAUCUACCACAAAUCGUUCUACAUAAUCGAGCAGUACUUUGGCAACGAGGAAGAGGACAGUCGUGUGGCCCCUGUGGCGGGUUCCCAGCAGUUUGAGUUUAACCCGGACAACAUGCCCAACAGUGGCUAUAACUUUUAGCAUCAUACCAGCCAGGACAUCAUCACCACUACACAAAUGAGAAUCCUUCUGAAUCCCUGAACCCAAAAGCACACUACACAUGAGGCGGAGGCUUGCCUGCGAGAAUUUUAAUCAAGGCCAAAGCACGGGCACGGACCAUUGGCCGUCGGAGAGGGCAGACAAUGCCUAAGUGCAGUCACUAGUAGCAUUUAAGUAACGUUGGUCAUUCAGUCGGCUCGUUUUGUCACUUUGUUACACAUACUCGUCUGCAUACUUUCUCUGCGGUUUUAAACUAUUAUUUUCGAAAUGGUCCAGGACCAAUCAUGACCUUACGCGAGCAUUUCUUCAGCUGACGAGAUCGCUUUCAUCUAGUUCGUAUUUACUAAUUUAAUAUGUUAUACAACCUAAUGUAUAUGUUUUUGCUUUUCUCAGCUUGAGUUUGUAAAUAUUUUUCAUUAAGCCCAAAUGCGUUGAGAUCCUGACAUGGUGUUGUUGUACAUUCAUACAAACAAAACGUACUUUACGAUAUUAAAAACGAAUAACUUUAAAUGUUUUUAUUUGAUUUUGUUAUGCAAUUCGCCGCAUGUAAAAUUGUUUAAAUUAUGAAACUUGAAAUUAAAUUUAGAGGACACAUCAAUAAAGAACAACUAGACCACAA